AUCGAGCCAACACAGCAGGAGGUAUUACAGCUCAAGUAACCUUAGAACCUUAAACGCUCAAACCGAGUGUUGCAAACCCUUUCAAUCCAGACUUGCGCAUUUUGUUAGGGCUCUGCCGUUUGGCCCCAUUUUGGAAGGCCAAUUUGUUCGAUGGAGUCAAUAGGCUUGGCACGCGGCUCGCCGGGCAGUGAGGGCGAGAACCGAAGGAAGCCACAAUCGGCCCAAAAAGAGGAACAAGAAAUUGUAACUUUAUCUGAUGGCAAAGGCAAGUCCACUCUUGGUAGCAGCACUGGCAGCGACAACAGCAUCAAGGCCUACAUUCCGCCUCACAAGCGUGCCGCCGGUUCACCGCUGCAGCCAAGUAUGGUGCUUGUAGACACUCCUCACCCCGCCGCAGCUACGGUUGGACCGUCCACCUCUCCCGCCAUCAAGCCGGACUACUCCGCCAGGAUACCCCUAGGAUCCUCGCCGCCACCCUCCCACUUCUCCGCCGCCCAAUGGGUCGGCAUCGGCGGCAGCCGCCCCAUGGGUCUGCACCGCCGCGCCCCGACCGCGGUCUUCUUCCGCCAGUCUGACAUCGCGCGCACCGCCGCCCCCAACAUCAUCAGCUCCAAGAAAGCAACAGUCGUACAGCCCAAGAGCACCUCUAAAAAUGGGUCGUACGGCAUUGCCGUACACAACGCUUUUGCUGCCCUCGAGGACGAGGUUGACAACGAUGAUGCCUUCGAGGGCGCCGAUGCUGGCUCCGACUGCUCGGCUGAGGAGCCGCGGUGGGGAGAGAAGGAGAAGGAGAAGGAGAAGGAGGAGGAGCUGGAAGCGCCUGCCGGACCAGGCCUGAGCCCCGCUGACGCUGCUGCGGUUGCUGCUGCCACCACCGCCGGUGGCAGCAACACUGCUGGAGACGCAGAGGAGGAGGAGGAGGAGGGAGACGGCAGGUCCGUUGGCGUCACCAGCUGCUGCUGCGGGAGCGUCAGCAGCGGAGGCGGACUGGAGUCUGAGGAGGAAGAGGAGUCUGAGGAGGAGGAGGAAGGGGAUGUCAGCGGCGAGCACAAGCCUGACCUGCACUUCAAAGAGGUUCUGGCUGGGGCUGAUACGAAGGAUGUGGAUGAGGAGGAGGAGGAGGAGCCCGACGUGGGCCUCGUGAAGGAAAGCCACACCGCCCCCGGCCCCUCCGUCUUCAACAGCGCCCGCAGCAAGUGGGAGCAACGUGGGCCCAGCAGCAGCAGCUGUGGUGGAUGCGGCGCGCCCGACACGUACUUCCCCACUGCCACUCCUACAACUGCUACCACCACCUCCAAAACUGCUCGCGUCAUGCCAGUCCCCAUCCCUUGUAAACCCCUCCACCCACUCAACAUGUUCGGCGCUCCGGACCCCCUGGGCAGCGGCAUCGGGGGCAGCCUGCAAGCAGCCGACCACCCAGGCAGCGCGGCAGCAUUAAAAUUCAACGGUGACAUUAACAGCAACAACAACAUCUACAACAGUAACUGCAUCCGCAACUGCAACUACACCUAUAACAUCCACUACACCUAUAACAGCAACUACAUCGGCAACAGCAACUACAUCGGCAACAGCAACUACACCUGCAACAGCAACUACAUCUGCAAUAGCACCUGCAACAGCAACUACAUCGGCAACAGCAACUACAUCUGCAACAGCAACUACAUCUGCAACAGCAACUACACCUGCAACAGCAACUACACCUGCAACAGCGGCUACACCUGCAACAGCAACUACAUCAGCAACAGCAACUACAUCGGCAACAGCAACUACAUCAGCAACAGCAACUACACCGGCAACAGCAACUACAUCUGCAACAGCAACUACAUCUGCAACAGCAACUACACCUACAACAGCAACUACACCUACAACAGCAACUACAUCUGCAACAACAACUACAUCCGCAACAGCAACUCCAUCUGCAAUAGCACCUGCAACAGCAACUACAUCGGCAACAGCAACUACAUCUGCAACAGCAACCACACCUACAACAGCAAUAACACCUGCAACAGCAACUACACCUGCAACAGCAACUACACCUGCAACAGCAACUACACCUGCAACAGCAACUACACCUGCAACAGCAACUACACCUGCAACAGCAACUACAUCUGCAACAGCAACUACAUCGGCAACAGCAACUACACCUACAACAGCAAUAACAACAACAAUAACAACAACAGCAACAGCAGCAACCACUAACAACACGAAAAACGAGCACCGCCCAGCAGCCCACACCUAUGACGACCCCGUUGGGCUGCAGCCCUUGCCAUCCCGCCUGCUGCUGGCCCUAGCAGCAAGGGCCAGAAGGACGAGGAUGAUGGUGAUGAGGCGCUGCUAGGCAGCCUGGUGGCGCUGUGUCUGCGGGGGAGCAGUGCGGCGUGAAGCGACGUAAGGCAUAUAAGGGCAUGUAGAGUGGUGGCGUUUGGUGUGGGUGAUACGGUGUUCAGUGGCGGUUAGAUGGCUAGGCUCAGUUACACCUGUUCAACACGCGUGGUGAUGUUUGUGCUCCUUUGCAGACCAAAAAGACAUACAAGACAACGUCUGUAGCUGUGAAGCAUGUCAGACUGCCAGCGAUGCAUGUGCAGUGGUUGACCGCCUGCCGGGUGGCUUACCACCACUGGUAUCCGUGUGCCUUACCGCCAAAUGGUUGCUAUGAAAUAUACAUUAAGAUAUAUAAGAUAAAAAUAGAACAAAGUUGUAAAAUUCGGUCCG